GCAACUGCGCAGGAUGUGUGACCAACCCCCAUUGGACCAACCAUAUGUGCUGUAUCGGCGAACAACGAGGCUGAACAUUGUGGAUAACAUUAAAAACAAGGAGAAUGGGGAAGAAACAGAAAAAGUCAGGCGAUGACAGUACCAAAGACGGUGGCAUUGACCUUGAUGCCCUAGCAGCAGAAAUCGAAGGAGCGGGAGCCUCCAAGGAGCAAGGUAAAGGAAAGGCCAAGAAGAAGAAAGACAAAAAGAAAGACGAUUUUGAUGAAGACGACAUCCUGAAGGAGCUGGAGGAACUGUCUCUUGAAACCACAGGAGCUAAAGGCAGCAAGAAACCAGACGCCACAGACGAGCCGGAGAGUGCCGCCGAGCCCCCGCCGCCCACCAAAGCAGAGAAGAAGAAGACACGGAAGGGCAAGCGAGCCAGCCUGGAGGAUGACGACGGGGACGACGAAGAGGUUUCGGGUAUGGGUGACGUGGAAGACGAAGACAAGCAGAAGGACAAGAAGACGUCUGCUGCCCCCGCUGUUGCUGCUGCUGGCUCAGACUCGGAGGACGACGCCUCACGGACCCGGAGGAAACCCAAGGCAGGGAAGAAAGGAGGCCGCAAGGAGGCCUCGGACGAGGAAGAGGAGGAUGACGAUGGAGGUGCGAGGAAAGGAGAGGGGGGAGGGGAGGAUGAUUCAGAUGAUGACGACUCGGUGGACGCAUCGCAGGCUGGAAAGAAAGGCAAGAAGAAGAAGGGCAAAGCCAAGGCAGACAGUGAAGAAGAGGAAGAGGAGGAGGGAACCUUCAAGAUGAAGACGGCAGCUCAGAAAAAGGCAGAGAAGAAGGAGAGAGACCGCAAGAAGAAAGAGGAGGACAGGGCUAAGCUGAAGAAGCAGAAGGAGAAGGAGGAGGAGAAAGAGGGGAGUAUUGAGGUUGCAGCAGUGCCUAAGAAAGAGGUAGUGAAGAAGAGUGAGCCAGCGGUGGCCCCAGCAGCAGCCUCAACCCCAGCAGCAGCCCCAACCCCAGCAGCAGAGACGGAGGCAGCAGCAGAGAUUGAAGAUCAGGAAGGGGCUGAUCCUCAAGGAGAAGAAGAGGAAGGGGGAGACAAGAAGGGCAAGAAAGACAAGAAGAAGAAGAAGGGGGACAAGGAGAAGGAGAAAGAGGAGAAGAAGAAGGGACCCAGCAAGGCCACAGUGAAAGCCAUGCAGGAGGCUCUGGCUCACAUGAAGGAGGAAGAGGAGCGUGCCAAGAAGGAGGAAGAGGAGAACCUGCGUCGCCUGGAAGAGCAGGAGGCUCAGAGACUGGAGCAGGAGCGUCUGGAACAGGAGCGCAAGGAGAAGAAGAAACAGAAGGAGAAAGAGAGGAAGGAGAGGCUGAAGAAGGAGGGCAAACUGCUGACCAAAGCCCAGAAAGAGGCCCGGGCCAGGGCAGAGGCCACACUUGAACUCCUGAAGGCCCAGGGUAUUGAAGUGCCAUCCAAAGACGACUCAGUGCCAAAGAAGAAGCCAGUGUACGGAGACAAGAGGAAAAAGAAGCCCCAACAAGCACAGACCCCUGAAGAGAUCUCAGAGGUCAUGUCACCCACGUCGGAGACGGCAGAGCCAAUCAUCUCACAGAUGGCAGUGGAAACUCCCGAAGUAGCAGCAGAGGUAGAGCAGAAAGCUGAGUCUGCAGUUGAUGACUGGGAGGCUAUCGCUGAGACCAUCGAUCAGGACAAAGAGCUGAAGACGGUCCACAUUGAGGUGAAGCCAGAGACGCCAAAGCAGCCCCAACAGAAACCCUCGUCACAGCCGGAGGAAGAGGACGAGGAAGAGGACGAGGAGGAAGAGGAUGACGAAGAGGAGGAGAGUGAGGAGGAAGAGAAGGAGAGUCAGCCUCACACAACGCAGCAGGCCCCAGCCACUAAGAGGAAGGGAGGGAAGGAGAGCUCAGAGUCCAGUAGUGACAGCGACUCAGAUGACGAUCGCACUAAAGAGGAGCGUAUCUACGACAAGGCCAAGAAGCGUAUUGAGAAACGGCGAGCAGAGAAUAUAAAGAACAUAAACCUGGACAAGCUCCGCUCCCCCGUCGUCUGUGUACUGGGCCACGUAGACACAGGCAAGACCAAGAUCCUGGACAAGCUGAGGCAUACACACGUACAGGACGGAGAGGCAGGAGGGAUCACCCAACAGAUCGGAGCCACUAACGUACCGCUGGAGGCCAUCGUAGAGCAGACCAAGAUGGUGAAGAACUUCAACAACGAGGCCAUUAAAAUCCCAGGAAUGCUGAUCAUAGACACCCCAGGCCACGAGUCUUUCAGUAACCUGAGGAACCGGGGCAGCUCUCUGUGUGACAUAGCUAUCCUGGUGGUGGACAUCAUGCACGGCCUGGAGCCUCAGACCCUGGAGUCCAUCAACCUGCUCAAGGAGAAGAAGUGUCCCUUCAUUGUAGCACUUAACAAGAUUGACCGUCUGUACGACUGGAAGAAGAGUCCAGACACAGACGUGGUGGCCACACUGAAGAAGCAGAAGAAGAACACCAAGGAUGAGUUUGACGAGAGGGCCAAAGCUGUCAUCGUGGAGUUCGCCCAGCAGGGUCUGAACGCAGCCCUCUUCCAUGAGAACAAGGACCCGAGGACCUUUGUGUCUCUGGUGCCCACCUCGGCCCACUCCGGGGACGGCAUGGGCAACCUGAUCGCUCUGCUGGUGGAGCUCACCCAGACCAUGCUGGCACGACGCCUGGCACACUGCGACGAGCUCAGGGCUCAGGUCAUGGAGGUGAAAGCCCUGCCUGGUAUGGGCACCACUAUAGACGUGAUCCUGAUCAACGGGGUUCUCCGGGAGGGCAUGACUGUCAUCGUCCCGGGGGUGGAGGGACCCAUCGUCACCCAGAUCAGGGGGCUGCUGCUGCCUCCACCCAUGAAGGAGCUCAGGGUCAAGAACCAGUAUGAGAAGCAUAAGGAGGUGUGUACGGCCCAGGGAGUGAAGAUCCUGGGGAAAGACCUGGAAAAGACCCUGGCAGGGCUCCCCCUGCUGGUGGCCCACAAGGAGGACGAGGUGGCCGUGCUCAGGGAUGAGCUGGUGCGGGAGCUGAAACAGACUCUGAACUCCAUCAAGCUGGAGGAGAAGGGUGUGUACGUCCAGGCCUCCACUCUCGGAUCCCUGGAAGCCUUGCUCGAGUUCCUACGAGUGUCCAAAGUGCCUUACGCUGGCAUCAACAUCGGUCCAGUCCACAAGAAAGACGUGAUGAAAGCUUCCACUAUGCUGGAGCAUGACCCACAGUAUGCAACGAUCCUGGCGUUUGAUGUGAAGGUGGAGAGGGACUCUCAGGAGAUGGCUGAUAGUCUGGGGGUCAGGGUGUUCAGCGCUGAGAUCAUCUACCACCUAUUUGAUGCCUUCACCAAGUACAGAGAGGACUACAAGAAGGCCAAGCAGGACGAGUUCAAACACAUUGCUGUGUUCCCCACUAAGCUGAAGAUCCUGCCUCAGUUCAUCUUCAACUCUAGAGACCCCAUAGUCAUGGGAGUCAACGUGGAGGCUGGGGUCCUCAGACAGGGAACCCCACUCUGUGUGCCCAGCAAGGGGUUUGUGGACAUUGGCAUCGUGACCAGCAUUGAGAUCAACCACAAGAUGGUGGACAGUGCCAAGAAGGGCCAGGAGAUCUGUAUAAAGAUCGAACCGAUCCCCGGAGAGGCACCCAAGAUGUUCGGCCGACACUUUGAGGCCACCGACAUCCUCGUCAGCAAGAUCACCAGAGCGUCCAUCGAUGCCCUGAAGAACUGGUUCAGAGACGAGAUGGGCAAAUCUGACUGGCAGCUCAUCAUGGAGCUCAAGAAGACUUUUGAAAUCAUCUGAACGGAAGAACGGGCACACACCUUCAUGUCUUCAGGCA